GCAAAGAUGCCAACCCCGAACAUCUCCACCUCUGCAGCCAAAGGCUUCCGCAGGGCGGUGUCGGAGCUGGACUCCAAGCAAGCCGAGGCCAUCAUGUCUCCACGUUUCGUUGGAAGACGCCAAAGCCUCAUUGAGGAUGCCAGGAAGGAGAGAGAGGCCGCGGCUGCAGCCACUGAUGCUGCAGAGUCCACAGAGACCAUUGUAUUCGAGGAGAAGGAUGGGAGAGCCAUGCUGAACCUCUUCUUCAUGCUCAAGGGAGCCAAGACUUCGCCACUGUCCCGUGUCCUUAAGGUAUUUGAGACAUUUGAAGCUAAAAUUCACCACCUGGAGACCAGGCUUAGCCGAAAGGCCCGUGAAGGGAUCGCUGAGCUGGAAUACUUUGUGCGCUGUGAAGUCCACAGCUCUGACCUCAAUACUUUCAUCAGCUCCAUUAAGAGGGUAGCAGAAGAUGUGAGGACCACUAAAGAAGACAAAUUUCACUGGUUUCCCAGGAAAAUCUGCGAACUGGACAAGUGCCACCAUUUGGUCACCAAGUUUGACCCUGACUUGGAUCUGGAUCACCCGGGCUACUCUGACCCAGUAUAUCGGCAGAGAAGGAAAUCAAUAGCAGAGAUUGCUUUUCAAUAUAAGCACGGGGACCCCAUCCCUCACGUGGAGUACACGGCGGAGGAGACAGCUACCUGGAAGGAGGUGUACAGCACCCUGAAGAGCUUGUACCCCACCCAUGCCUGCAAGGAGUACCUUGAGGCUUUCAGUCUACUGGAAAAAUUCUGUGGAUACAAUGAAAACAACAUCCCUCAGCUGGAGGAGGUGUCCCGCUUCCUAAAAGAGAGGACUGGCUUCCAGCUGCGGCCAGUGGCUGGCCUGCUCUCAGCACGGGACUUCCUGGCCAGCCUGGCCUUCCGCGUCUUCCAGUGCACGCAGUACAUCCGCCACGCCUCCUCGCCCAUGCACUCCCCCGAGCCGGAUUGCUGUCACGAGCUGCUGGGGCACGUCCCGAUGCUGGCUGACAAGACAUUUGCCCAGUUCUCUCAGGACAUUGGGCUGGCAUCUCUGGGAGCAACUGAUGAAGAAAUUGAGAAACUAGCAACGCUUUACUGGUUUACAGUGGAGUUUGGGCUCUGCAGACAGAAUGGAAUAGUCAAAGCUUACGGAGCUGGUCUCCUCUCUUCCUACGGGGAGCUUAUACACUCCUUGUCGGAUGAACCAGAGGUGAGGGACUUCGACCCUGAUGCUGCAGCUGUUCAGCCCUACCAGGACCAGAACUACCAGCCUGUUUAUUUUGUGUCUGAGAGCUUCAGUGAUGCCAAAAAUAAGUUGAGGAGCUACGCGGCGCACAUCAAGCGGCCCUUCUCGGUGAAGUACGAGCCCUACACCCACAGCAUCGAGCUCCUGGACAGCCCCCAGAUGAUCUGCCACUCCCUGGAGAGCGUGAGGGAUGAGCUCCACUCACUGAUUAACGCGCUCAAUGUUAUCAGUUAAUACAAGAACUGAGCCCUUUCCGUCCCCUCCCAGCCCCAGAGUCCUGCCCUGCCCUCUCCUCAUUCCCAGCUGAUCAUUCCUACCUGUCUGCCCCAAACAUUGGCACUGCUGCCUGUCACCACGCGACCCCAACAGCUUCCCACGUUUGUAUGUAGGGCCAGCUCGGAGGAGGGCAGCAGGACACACCCCAGGCCUGCUGGCUUUUUGGGUAGCUUUUCUAUUGACUGCUGGAAGAGGCUUAGCAGAUACAAAAAGCAUGGCCAGGCUAAAAAAUUGGGAGUCAAGAGCUGUGUGCUAGGCUCCUGGGUGCAAGGAAGAGGAGAAAAUCUACUGUAUUCAAAAAGAUAAAAAAGAGAAGCAAUAAUUUUUUUUAAUUGCAAUUUGAGAGAAAAAUUUAAUCUGCCUUUUUUUUUUAUCCCCAAAGCAACUCUAUGAGUCCUGUUCUUAGUUAUUCUAAUAUUACUAUCACCUGAUGUAGCUCAGGUGUGUGACUAAUGCUAUUGCUGGCCAUUUCCAAGGAAGGUAAACAUCUGGUUUGGAUGCUCAAACCCAGUUUCAUGCAGUUUUCAGUGUAGAUAUUAAUGGUUUGAUCUGACCCAAAGCUCUUGGUUUUCCUCCCCCUGCUUUUGCCCUUCUUAUCUUCUUGCAGGCUGUCUCAUAACUUAGCGGUUUGCUCAGAAGUUUGGCCCAAGGUUAUGCAGCUGUGCAGUAUCAGAGCUGGGCUUGGGAUGUGUGGAGGCUGCUAAACAGCUGUGGGGGACAGUGAAGGGGAGAAUUACACAGAGUUGUUUGCAUGAUCAUUAAUAACGUUUCUGUGUCGACUUUUGCUGUCCUUAUCCACGAUAUAUGAUUUUUAUAAUUUCCUCUUUAAAGAACUGCAGGACUUGGCAGUGAAGUUUUGGCUAUUAAAACGGCUAACAUUGUUCUCCAGUGUUACUUCUACUGUGGCUCAGUCAUAAUAGUUUACAAUCCAUUACUCUUUAUCCCAUUUCAGACCUCCACAUAUAUGUGCUUUAACCCCAGUUCUCUCAAAUUUUAACUCCUUAGCUACUGAUGGCACUUAGACUCCUGCCCACUUCAAUCUCUCCUUUCUGUUUCUUUUCUUAUUUGACCCUUCCUCCUAAAUUCCUCCUAAAUUGCUUAAAAGGCCAUUACUGAAAUCAGCAGUUUGACACCAGGGCUAGCUGCUUUUCCUCAAGCUGUUUGUCCUCUUUGGAUUUUUCUGUAAACCGAUAAAACUACUGAGUUAAUUCAGUUAUUGUCAUUUCAGAGCCCUUUUUCCAAAGCUGCAGCUAUGAUUUCCCAAUCUGGGUGGAUCCAGAUCAUGAGCUGUAACUCUCAAGGCUCCCUUAAGAGCUGUAACAAUUUUUCAUUUGGGUUCUUCAGAUAUUACUAUUAGAUUAAGUAGCUGGAGCAGGCUAUGCAAGACUAAGGCAGGCUAGGCAUAGUUUAGCCAUGAAAAUCUUACUGGUGACUUGAGUAAAACUGACUAAAAAGAAACAAACAAAAAAAAAAACCCAAGAAAAAAGGUGAGAAAACAAUCAGGCAAGCUAUUAUAAUUUUGUCUGUGUAGUUAAUGCAUGGGUUAUGAUCUUUUUAACAAGAGAAGUGCCACUUUGCUGGUGUUCAGGUUGCUGUUUCUCCUCUCCUUUGGUAGUGUCCAGCUCCUGGCUUGCUGCCCAUGAAAGCAGCAAGGAUGCUCCAAACCGUGCAGCAAUGCCAGGCUCCUGAUCAGGACUGGGCAGGGAAUCUCUCUGUGGAGGCAUUUGCUCUCCAGAACCAUAAAGGUCUGAAGGUGAUCAUCUCUAGGUCUCCAGAGCACUUCACAGUCUUAAAUAUCUAAAAUUAAUGCAAUUUGUAAAAAGACUAAACUCAUUAAUAUGGAGUGAUAAGCCAAUUUAGAAAUCCUUGCAACUGCAGGAGACCUCAACUCCUCUGCCUUGCCUUGGAGUUUGCAUUGCUGCUCCUUGACUCUGUCAGCUGCUGCUUUUUUGAGGAGCUGUAGUAAAAUCUGCUGUCCUGCAAAAAUAGCAAAUAAGCAAGACUUGCAGCGUGCUCCAGCCCCAUGAGUAUGCAAGCACACAAACAGAUGUGCUGCAGCUGGGGGAAGGUGAGCACCAGGAGGGUUGCACUCCCUUGCUUUUGGGACACGAGGCUGAGCUGGAGCAGGCUCUGAGUGUAGGGGCCAGGGCUACACAGGUGCCAGAGGUGCCUCUUUGGGCCAUUUUCAGUGUCUCUGUUCUUCACAAAUCCAUGACAAAUUCCAGAAUUUUUUGGCCCCUUAUGGAGACAUCUAAAAAUAUGAACCUGUUUGUAUUUACUAUUGCCCUCACCUACUUAAUAUCUUAGAGGAUUUAUCUUAUUAGUAACUUAAUAGGUCCCCUUUCACUUUGUCUCUAAGCCUUGUUGCUUUUUAUCUAUUUUCAAAUACAUUACUUGGCUCCUUAUUUCAUAAGACAUAUAGGAAUUGGAUCCUUCCUUUCUCAUUUUACACAUUUUUCUCAUGUUGCUUCUUCUACCAGGGCAUUGCUUUCUUCUUUGUCUUGCCAAAUAUUUUAGGCUCUUGGACACAGGGCCACUAAGAGACGGGCUAUUCAAACAAAAUAUGGUAGAAUUGUAAACCAAUCCCUAAACUAUCACUGCUUUUAAAGCUACUGAUAGCAAAGUUAACUUUUUAACCCAUAAUUUUGGAUAUUGUUCUACGAUUGUCUUUAGAUUAUUUUUAAUAGUCUGACUAAUUUCUUUCUGCCAUUCUGGGUGAUUACAGGUGGUAGGAUUUUUGCUUAAUCCCCAGGCUAUUUAUUUAGUUUUGAAUUCUUCACUUAAAACCUCGCCCUUCCCAACCCUUCCCUCUGUCCACUUUAUCCUGUCUCAGGUGCUGUCCACACAUAUGAACAAUUUGCUGUAACAGCAUUGUUGCAGUUCCAGUAGUUGUAUUCGUUUUAGGAAGAAGAACCUCAGCCUGCCCAGGAAAGGUAUUUAUUGUGGCAAACAGGUACUGAUUUGUGUCAGUUUAUUGGGGUGAUGCCUUGACAGUACUUGUCACAGUCUUUAGUUUAGCCAAUGCAGCAGAGUUGGCAGCUUUCUUUUACUAACCCACUUUUGCACACGUUAUGCAGUUUUUAUUUUUUCCUAUGUUUCUUACUUCAUUUGAGGCCAAAUCUAAACUCUUUAUACUCUUUUCAGAGUACCCUACACUUUUUUAUGUAGCUCAUUAUGACAAUUACUUUAGACAAUUAGCUCAUAAUGAGCUACAUAAAGAAGUGUAGGAUGCUCUUAUUCAACUGCAUCCCAUCUUUUUUUAGCUGUCACCUGAUUGGGACUGCAGUAAAUAAAGUCUGAGUUAAUUUAUCUAGUUGCUUACUAAAUUACUCGCUUGCUCACUUCUCAGUAUUGCUUGUAGUCUUCACAUUACUUCAACAUCCUUUAAAUAUAUUUUAUUCCCACUCUUCCUCUAAGCUUGUAAAGUAGAACUCCUGUUUUCUUCAUAGGUGUCCCACCAUGUGCUUGCCAUUGCUCAUCUCCCCAUUAUGCAACCAGUAUUUUGUUCUACUGCCAGAGAGUAGCUGUCUGUAGAGAGGUGUUGGUAGAAGGGUUUUUUGUCUACUCACAGCCUGUAAGUUCCUUGGCAUGAUCCUUUCUCUAGUUUGCCCACUGUUUGUUCCCUCAUUCCACUGAUAGGAGUGUCUUGGGUUAUUUUUCCUCUUUGAUCAAAUGUAGCACUCUCAUGAGUGUGCAAUACCUUUGGUUCAUUCCUGGUUUCCAUUGAAAGGAUAUCCACAUUAAUAUCCAUUUCUUCCCUUUGUGUGUAAGAGCAGAGUAAGAGCAGAUGGGAUACAACUGCAUUAUCAAGGGGAAAGCCUCAAACUCCAUCACAGCCCAGACUGCCUCUAACCAGGAUUUCUCAUGGCCAAGGAAAUUUUGGUCCAGCCACCGGAGAGGACUCAUAUGCUACUGGUAUCCAUUUUCCUCCUCUAUUUCUCUGUAACAGCACGGCUCCCACAGUAUCAGCUCGUGUUGAAAUUCUUGUUAUGAAUAACUUUCCCUUAACUGAGAAUUUCAGUGCAGAAGCUUUUCAAGCAGCUUCUUUCAUGCCAGAUAAAGCACUGUCUUGGUCUUUGCUCCAGUUCCCUCCCUGACUCCUUUCCUGUCAUUUCCACAAUGCUCUGCUGCUAUUAGCAAAGAUGGAUACACUGUCAUAAGAUACUAGCACAGCUAAGAUAUGCUGCCAUAAGAAAUUAAAUUCUCCCAGCACUCUUCACAGUUGGGAUUGAUUAGUGGGAGUAUUUAUUUCACAGAAAGCUUAACCUUUCUAUCAUUUAUCCAUCUUCUUGUUUCACCAGUUUCAGAGUCCGGGCAUUUAACUUGAGGUUGUUUUAAUUGUGCCAUAUUCAAGUUGACAUUAAACACUGGUCUAUUAAUUUUAAAACUCAGCUGCAUCUCUCUUGUACCUGUUCUUCUGUAGCUGCAGUUCCCCAAAUAUCAUCACAUAAGGCAAUCUCUUUUCUUUGUCCCCCACAAACAUCAUUCAAACCCUCUGCUCACACGAGCAUGUGCAGCAGGGCAGGUGCUCGGCCCUGUGGGAUGCAAGUAAAGGUAUCUUGUUUGUCUCUUAAUGUGAAAGCAACUCUGUUAAUUGCUUCUUCCCCUGCAUUUUGCCAUAUGGAAGCUUAGUGUGAAUCGUGGGGGUGCAUUUGUGCCACUACCUCUCCUAAUUCAUUUGCUGUCCAAGGAACCUGACUCAGUCAGGGACCCUGGAGCUACCUGUGCUCUGCUGGGAGGGGUUGGUUGGUACACGGUAUCACGUCCUGCUGCUCAAGUCCAGGACAUUCAAGCAGGCCCCUAUCAGUUUACUGAAGACUAUCUGUCUUCCUUGAGCUUAUGGACUGGUAGUGAUUGUGCCAAUUGGAUCCUUGGCUUACCAUCCUGCUGGGCAACUUGAUUAAAUGCCCAUGGUGGCAAGAUUAAAAGUUUAUCAAGGAGGUGUCUGAUGUACAAUGGAUAAAAGCUGGUGGAGCACACACUCUAAUCAAUUUACCACCUAAGCCCCAUUUAAUUCUAAAUAUAAGCAGUUUCUCUACUGUUGUGCUUCCUUUCAGUGCCUUCAGAUCUGCAGCUACCUGCCUUGGGGUAAUUUUUUUUUUUUUAAUUUUAACAGCUACAACAGUUUGAUCUGCCAUAGCCAUCUACCCUGGGACAGCAUUUGGAGUCUUGGGGGGAUAGGCUGCUAUUCUCAACUUCUCUUUCUUUUCCCAUUUGCCCAUAUCAUCCUUGAAAUCAUCUUCCUGUGAUGGCUCCCGAUUCAGUUCUCUACACUGCUUUCUGGAACUCCAGCAGUUAUUUUUAAUUUUUGCAUCCCAAUCUGCUUUUGCAAGUGUCUAAUUUUAGCUUUGCAUUUACUAUGAUCAGGUCCCUUUUGAGCUCUCCCUUGCUCCAGGGCGAACCACUGCACUAUAUAUGUUAAUCACCCUCCUUAAUUCUGUAGUUUUUCCUUCUCUUUUUCUAAAUUCAUUUUAUUCUCUAAUUGCCAUUGCACAUCCUUAUUGCCUUUUUGGGCCACUAGAUGGUAUUCCUUUUCUAAAGACAAGCUUAUUUCAAGUCACUGGAUAGACCCUUUCAAACCACAAUUUUCCCAUUGAAGCAGCUGAUGUUGUGGUGUUGCCUUGGUAUAGAUUAUUGCUGUUUCCCAUAACAGUCCCAUUAAUAGAAGCAGUGAAUCCUUGAGUCUCUUUUCAGCCACUCUCUCAUAUCAGGAAACAUUUGGUCUCUAUCACCCAUCGGCUUCCUGUGGGCUAGAGAGGCACCCACAGCCCCUGCUGUAAUCUCUGAUAUUGUUGGGAUUUCCUGCAGCCCUUCAGUAUUCCUGGUUUUAGGCUUUUUCCUGAGUUGUCUUGGAUUUUUCCCAUGCUUUCACUUUUGUCUUAAGGUAUCCCUCAAGUAUUGUGCACAAGGCUGGUUAGGUUUGUAGAGUUGCCUUGAAUGAGGUCACAGAAUCACAGAAUGGUUUGGGUUCCAGCCCCCUGCCAUGGCAGGGAGCCUUCCACUGGACCAGGUUACUCAGAGCUCCAUACAGCUUGGCCUUGAGAUCACUCAGAGAAAAAGACUCUGAGGAUCUACCCAGUCAAACCCUUCACCAAAAGAUGUUAUGAAUUCCCUUUUCCUGAUCGUGGAGCAGAUUUGUAGGGUUGUGUGGCUGCUUAGAGCUAAGUGCGAGCUCAUGUCCUUUGGGUGGGUCAUGGGAUCCUUCACACCAUUCCCCCAGACCUCACCAAACGUGACUGCAAGCUCUAUAGAAAGUGACUGGGGAAAACCAAAGUGAUGGGUCAGCCCAGGUUAAACUCUCCUCUAGAAGGAGCAUGGGCUGGCAAGGGAGGAAGAAGGGGGAAAAGCCUUCCUCAGAGCCAGGCCCCAGCACCCCUGUGGUGUGUGCCUGUCUCAGUGCCUCGCUGAGAGGUCUCACUGUUGUUGCUGCUGCUGCUGCUGUGGGUGGAUCUGUCUGUCUGUCUCUCUGUGUAAAGAAAUAUGAAACAGAAUUAUUUUUCAUUUUGGAAUUGUGCUGCUGCUCACAUGAUAUUAAGAAUAAAAAAAUAUAUUUCUGGUCUAGCAUCCUGA